GAGGCGGGCGCAAGGAGAUGGCGGGGCGGGUUAGCCUGUGGCACCUGAGAGUGGCGGUUAAUUUGAGAUGGUUUCCUUAGUAUCCCGCAAAGUGUGAGCCUGUGGACAGCUGCUGCCGAUACAUAGCCUGUAUAGCCUCAGCGGGAAUACGCUCCUGGGGCCUCAGAAGCAGGCUUUCAUCUGGUUCGAAGCUCCCCGCGGCGCAGCGCGUCUCCUCUUACUGGGUACCGAUAACGGAGUCACAGAUGCCAGGACGUAGGUGCCCCCUCAAGAAGCAUCGCAAUGUGACAGAUUUGCCCCUGGCAUUAAACCCCAUGAAGAGCAAGGACGUGUUGGCAGUGCUGGCUGAGAGGAACCAAGCUGUCGUACCAGUUGGGGCAUGGGUGGAACCUGCCUCACCAAAUAGCUCCGAGAUCCCAGCAUAUACUUCAGCAUGUAUAAUUGAAGAAGAACUAAAGGAACAAUUAAGAAGAAAAGAAGAAGCUUUGAAACAUUUUCAGAGACAAGUCAAACACCGAGUCAAUCAACAAAUUAGGCUGAGAAAAAAGCAACAGCUUCAGAAGUCUUAUGAAGCAUUAAGUUCAAAAGCAGAAAAAGAAGGCUCUGUAGCCAUGCAAUCUUUUGAUCCAGCACAUUUAACUCCUAAAAGGACAAGUGUUUUUCCAAGCAAUUCAAAUGCUGCUUUUGGAAGUUUUAGGUUCCCUCCUUCCCAGAUGCUUGGGGAUGCAGUAGAAGAUGAAAAAAAUCAGAGUCAUUUGUUUCAACAACAAGCCCAGGCUCUUAGUCAGACCAUGAAACUGGCACGUCACCGGCUGGCAUCCUUUAAAACUGUGAGUGAAAAAAUGACAGCAGUGUUUCCAAAUGAUAAAAGGAAAACCUCUCCCAUCCAAGAGAAAGUAAAAUUCAAAAAUCCAUUAUUUGUUGUAAUGGAAGAGAAAGAACAAAAUCAAUGGCAUUAUCAGGGCCUUCAGAAUAUUCCGCCAGAAUCCCAGGGUGAUUUGAUGGAAGUCCACAGUGUUGGGCCUGAAGCUCAGAGUGUUGAGCCAGAUCUUCAGGCUGUUAAGCUGGCAGUUCCGUCUACUGAGGCAGAAAGCCAGGCCGUUGAGCCAGAAGGCCAGGCUAUUAAGACAAAAACUCAGGGAAUUAUGUUAAAAACCUGUGGUAUCAAGCUAGAAGAUGGAAAUAUUGAGCUGGAAGCCCAGGAUUUUCUACCCUCAAAUCAGGCCUUUCUACCCAAAGACCAAGGCAUUCUACCUAAAGACAACUGUGUUUUCCCUGAAGGUCAGAAUACUCCACACAAAUACCAGGACCAGAAUUUUCUACAUAAAGACCAGGAUUUUCUACCUAGGAACCAACAUGUUUACUCCAAAGAGCAGGAUAUUCUGCUCAAAUGUCAGGAUGAGGAUUUUAUACCUGAAGACCAGGAUUUUCGUCAUAGAGACCAGUGUGUACUUCCCCAAGACCAGGACCAAGACUUUCUACCUGAAGAUCAGAGUUUUCUACCAGGAGACCAGUGUGUUCUUCCCCGAAAUGAGAAUAUUGUACCUAAAUGUCAGGACCAUGAUUUUCUACCGAAAGGCCAAGAAUUUCUCUCUGAAGACCACAGUAUAAUACUCAACUAUCAAGACCAGGAUUUUCUUCCCAAAGACCAGAGUGUUCUUCCUAAAGACCAGAAUAUUCUAGGCAAAUGUCAGAAGCAAGAUUUUCCAUCCAAAGAUCAGAAAGCAAAUUUGAAGCAGCCAGCAUCCAUUCUGAUAGUCAGGCAAGGGAAAGAGGAGCUUCCUCUGGAUACCCUUCAGGAUCUGUUCAGAUGUCAUCAGACCUUCACCAGGGACAAGAAAGUCCACUUUAAAAAGGAUCCACUCUUUGAUAUGACAGAUGAGGAAGAGAGAAGAGACAUUUCUCUGGAAGGUUAUCAGUAUCUGCCUCCCAAACCCCAAUGCCAGAACUUCAUCAAAGAGCAGAACAGGUUUCUCAACCAAACCUCAUCUUUUAUGACAGAAGAAAGAAUGAGAGAGCAGUUGCCUCCGCAGUAUCAGCAGUAUGUCCCACCUCAGAUCCAGGACAAAUCCUCCUCUAGACAACAGCACAGGAACUGUGGGCUGGCAUCACAUGAUCUGACAAAUGAGAGAAGGAGAAAGGACUUAUUUCCCGAGUGUUCUGGAUAUGCUGUACAUGAAACCCAGGAUCCUGCUUCUGCCAGAGAGCAGGUAGAGCACAGUAUAGUAAAGAGUAUGCAACAGAAAAGCUUAUAUGCUGUGCAGAAAGCAUCUGGUGGGACAGCUGAACGACAGCGAGAAGAUUUGCUUGUAGAACACCAUCAACAUCUUAUGCCCAGGGACCAGAGAGGACCUUGCAGUGGACAGCAGGUUUAUAAGUAUCCAUCAGGAUUGAGUGUUGAAUUUCAAGCUUCACUGUCCAUUCAUUCUGGAAUAGACCAAGAAGAAGAAAAGAAAGAGCGUCAAAAGCAAUACCUGAGACACAGAAGACUUUUUAUGGACAUUGAAAGAGAACAAGUAAAAGAACAAAAACGGCAAAAGGAACAGAAAAAGAAGAAUAUUGAAAAAAUUAAGAAAAAGAAAGAGCAACAAUGUUAUGUUGACGAGCAGAAGACCGUAAGACUGAGCUCUGCUGGAGCACUAUAUUCAGAGCAGAAGAUGAGUGACAGUUUAGGCCAGUUACAACUUGAAGAAAUAAAAGGUACCAGAGAAAAGCAGCAACAGAGAGAAAAAGAAUAUGUAAGAUAUAUAGAAGCCUUACGUGCCCAAGUCCAGGAGAAAAUGAAGCUGUAUAAUAUCACUUUACCUCCACUGUGCUUUUGUGGUCCUGAUUUUUGGGAUGCUCAUCCUGAUACCUGCGCCAACAAUUGUAUUUUCUAUAAAAACCAUAGAGCAUAUAAUCGAGCACUAUAUUCAGUCAUCAGUUCCUCUGAUGUCUCUGAGGGAAAUUCAACUCUUCGAAACGCCAUUCAUAAUUUUGCUUCUGCACACAGACGGAUUUUGAAAAACACGUAAGGAGAUUCUGAAAUCAGCUGAAUCAACUGGUAGUAUUUCAGUGUUCACUUUUAAAUCAAUCCCAAGAAAUUAUUUAGGAAAAGCUAUUAAAGUAUAUGAUAUGUAUUAGCUAGAAAGAAAAACUAGUCCACGUAAUUAUCUCUGUAAUUAGAAUUCUGCCUUGAGACCAAGAUUGAAAGUUGACUCCCAAACUUGUCUCUUCUUUGUUAUGAAUCAUACAGAGUCUGUUAUUUUAGAACUGAUCAGACAAGUAAGGUUUGUUGUAGUUUGCUCUGCUCUGAUCACACAAGCUCAUGAGAAAUCUUUGAGAUAAUUUUAUUAUCAUCUUUCUAAAAUUGUGUUUUUGAGUCUUAGCACUAUUAAAAAUGUUUAGAUAAAGCAGAAAGUGAUAAAACAGGUUUCUGAGCACCAGUAGCCUCCCACAUUGCCAUUAGCUUUUCUAGUUGUGCAUAACAAUUAAAGAUGAGAAGAAUCUGAAUUUGAUGCAUAUUUUCUUCUCAAAAUUUUGUCUUGCCUGGAUUUUUUUUUUUUUAAAUUUAUUGACUCCUUCCCCAUUUAGUGACAUUGGGCAUAGGGGUUUUUUUAAUUGUAUAAUUUUUUAUUGUAAAAAGUCAGAUAAACCCUAUAUCUUUUGAAUAUCUUCUGUGUAAAAUAAUUGUGGGUGACACUUGAAAAAGUGAACCUGAAGUCAAAGUGAAUUAGGUCCUAUCUUGUUUCCCUAUCUUUAAAAAAAUCUGGUCAGUGACAUGCCUAGAAUAAAUGAAAUAAAAAUUGGGA